AUGGCAAUAUUUUGUGACAUGGUUGAGAAAGGGAUUGAAAUUUUUAUGGAUGAUUUUUCGGUUUAUAGGUCUUCUUUUGACAUGUGUUUGACUAAUUUGGAGCUGGUUUUGAGGAGGUGUGAAGAGUUGCAUUUGGUGCUUAAUUGGGAAAAGUGCCUCUUUAUGGUAAAUGAAGGAAUUGUAUUGGGGCACAAGAUUUCUAAGAAAGGCAUUGAAGUGGAUAGGGCAAAAGUUUCUACGAUAGAGAAUUUGCCGCCACCGGUUUCAAUAAAAGGAGUACAAAGUUUCUUAGGUCAUGCAGGAUUUUAUAGGAGGUUUAUCAAAGAUUUCUCCAAAGUUUCGAAGCCACUGUCCACUUUGUUAAUGAAUGGGGUUACGUUUGAUUUUGAUGAGAAGUGUCAACAAGCUUUUAGGAUACUUAAGGAGAAAUUGAUCUCGUCACCUAUAGUUGUUGCGCCUCAAUGGGAUUUGCCAUUUGAACUGAUGUGUGACGCCAGUGAUUUUGCGGUUGGGGCAGUGUUAGGACAAAGAGUUGACAAUGUAUUCAAAACGAUUUAUUAUGCAAGUUGUACCUUGAAUGAUGCUCAAAUAAAUUACGCAACUACAGAAAAGGAGCUAUUGGCCAUAGUGUUUGCUUUUGAUAAAUUUCGGCCAUACUUGAUUGGGAAUAAGGUGGUUGUUUACACGGACCAUUCUGCGAUAAAGUAUCUUAUGACCAAGAAAGAUUCCAAGCCUCGUCAUAUUCGGUGGAUUUUGUUGUUACAAGAAUUUGAUGUGGAAAUUAAGGAUAAGAAAGGUAAUGAGAAUUUGGUGGCUGAUUACUUGUCUAGAUUGGAGGUUGAUGGAGAUUCUCUUGAUAAAGAAGUUCAGAUUAAUGAUGCUUUUCCUGAUGAGCAGCUGUUCGAAGUAAGUGUUUGCAAGGAUGUUCCAUGGUUUGCAAACUAUGUUAAUUAUUUGGCUGCUAAGGUUAUACCUCCUGAGAUGACAAGGCAACAACUAAAGAAAUUCUAUUCAGAGGUGAAGCAUUAUUAUUGGGAGGAGCCUAUUCUGUAUAAACAUUGCCCUGAUCAAGUUAUUAGGAGAUGUGUGCCCGAAGAGGAGAUGUUGUUAAUCUUAACUCACUGUCAUAGUUUACAUUGCGGCGGUCAUUUUGGAGGAACAAGAACAACAUCGAAGGCAUUAUUCUAUCAUCCAAUUGCAAAUGGCCAAGCUGAAGUGUCGAAUAGGGAAAUAAAAGGUAUCUUGGAAAAGAUAGUAGAUACUUCGAGGAAGGAUUUGUCAAAGAAGCUCGAUGAUUCACUUUGGGCUUAUCGCACUGCAUUCAAAACUCCGAUUGGUAUGUCACCCUAUCGAUUGGUGUUUGGUAAGACUUGUCAUUUAUCGGUGGAACUGGAGCAUAGAGCUUAUUGGGUUGUGAAAAAUUUAAAUAUUGAUCUCUUUAUGGCGGGACAGAAUAGGCUUAUGGAGUUAAAUGAGCUUGAAGAAUUCCAAAAUGAAGCUUAUGAGAAUGUGAAGAUCUAUAAGGAGAAGUCGAAGGCCUUUCAUGAUAAGCGAAUAUUGAGGAAGGAUUUUCAACCAGGAGAUAAAGUCCUGCUAUUUAAUUCUAGACUUAAACUUUUUCCUAGUAAAUUGAAGUCGAGAUGGUCAGGACCGUACACGGUAGUUGUGUCACUUCCUUAUGGAGUAGUGCAAGUUCAUAGUGAGAAGACGGGACAUUUUAAGGUGAAUGGUCAGAGGUUGAAGCAUUACUUGGAGGGUCCGGUGGAAAAAUGCAAGUUCGUGGUGAUGUUGGAACCAAUUUGA